AAAAUAAUUCAAUUCAUCAUCAACAUCAUAGCACGCACGCAUUCCACUUCCACAAAUGACAUUACCCAUACUUUGGAGGAAAUAUAAUAUUAUCAAAAUUUAAAUAAAAAAAAUGAAAGUUACUUUGUUUAUGACAAGAAGUUUUCUUCCUCUGUGUAUUGUGUUGUUCUUCUGACUAUUCUCCAUGGUCAAUGGCUGAGUUUAGAGCCAUUUACAAGCUUCGACAGAGAAACCCAGAUUGGAUAAUGAUGUCUCUUGCUACUUUUCCCUCUCCUCCUCCUUUUUCUCCAAGAUUCUUUCCCACCCUUUUUGUGUUUCUCUGGUUCUUACAAUGAUCCAUGUGAACAUGAGAUCCAGUGGUCUUGUAAGAUCAUCAGGACCAAUACCAUCUCUAAGCUCUCACAUGGUUCUGUUCCUUCUUCUCUGCGUUCUUCCCUUCCCUGGUCUCUUUCUUACUCCUGCAGAUGCUGACUGUAAUUCACAGGACAGAGAUUCCCUGCUGUGGUUCCUGGGCAACAUUUCCUCUACUGUAUCUCCUUUGAUUUGGAAUCAAUCCAUUGAUUGUUGCUUAUGGGAAGGAAUCUCAUGUGACGGUUCUCCAGAAAAACGUGUCUCAGUGAUUUCUUUGCCCUCAAGAGGACUCUCUGGGAAUCUCCCUCUGUCUAUUCUGGAUCUUUCACGUCUCUCUCAUCUCAAUCUCUCUCAUAACCGUAUCUCGGGUGCUCUCCCGCCAGGUUUUCUCUCUGCCCUUGAUCAGCUUCUGGUUCUCGAUCUCAGUUUCAACGGCUUCAGUGGUGAAUUUCCACUCGAACAAGCGUUUGGCAAUGGGAGCAGCAGAGUUCUCUUCCCUAUUCAGAUAGUUGAUCUGUCAAGCAAUCUUCUCCAAGGUGAAAUCCCCAGUAGUUCAGUUUUUCUUCAGUGUGCUUCGAAUUUGACCAGUUUCAAUGUCAGCAACAACAGCUUCACAGGUCAAAUCCCUUCGUUUAUGUGCACUAGUUCACCACAACUCGGUAAACUGGACUUCGCGUACAAUGAUUUCAGCGGCAGUAUCUCCCCAGAAAUCGGCAGGUGUUUGAGGCUAAGUGUUUUUAGAGCAGGUUUCAACAAUCUCUCUGGUGAAAUCCCAAACGAAAUCUACAAUCUUUCAGGGCUUGAAGAACUCUUUUUGCCAGUCAACCAUCUCUCUGGAAAGAUAAAUGAGUCCAUCACCCGCCUGACGAAGCUGACAUUGCUUGGGCUUUACUCCAACCACCUUGUAGGAGAGAUACCUAUGGACAUAGGUAAGCUUUCCAAUCUGCAAAACCUCCAACUCCACAUCAAUAACCUCACUGGUUCAAUCCCGGUUUCUCUAGCGAACUGCACAAAUCUUGUCAAGUUGAAUUUGAGGGUUAAUGUUCUUGGAGGAAGCUUAUCCGAGAUUGACUUUUCCAGGUUUCAGAACCUUAGCACUCUUGAUCUCGGGAACAAUAGCUUUUCCGGUGAUUUUCCCUCGACCCUUUACUCCUGCAAAUCACUCACAGCGAUAAGGCUUGCAGGCAACAAGAUAACAGGACAACUAUCUCCUGAAGUACUGGGACUUGAGUCCCUGUCAUUCAUGUCUCUUUCGGAUAAUAAACUGACGAAUAUUACAGGGGCUCUCACCAUUCUGCAGGGCUGCAAGAAACUGUCCACUCUUAUAAUGGCAAAAAAUUUCUAUAACGAAACGGUUCCAAGUAAUGAAGACUUUAUUGCCCCAGAUGGAUUCUCAAAUCUCCAAAUCUUUGGUAUCGGUGGAUCAAGAUUGAAAGGUAGAAUACCAGAUUGGCUGAUCAAGCUCAGGAACUUGGAGGUUCUGGAUCUGUCAGUGAACGCUCUUACAGGGAUGAUUCCUGGUUGGUUGGGAACUCUUCCAAAUCUUUUCUACAUGGAUCUUUCGGAUAACCUUCUUACAGGAGACCUGCCCAAUGAAAUCUUUCAUCUGAGGGCUCUAAUGUCGCAGAAGGCUUAUGAUGCAACGGAGCGGAAUUACUUAGAGCUGCCGGUCUUUGUCAAUCCGAACAAUGUCACAACCAAUCAGCAAUAUAAUCAGCUGUCCAGCCUUCCCCCUGCCAUUUAUCUCAGCAAGAAUAACCUCACUGGGAGUAUUCCAGUCGAGAUUGGCCUGUUAAAGGUUCUCCACGUGCUCGAGCUUUCACAUAAUAACUUUUCUGGAAGCAUCCCGGAAGAAUUGGCAAACCUCACAAACUUAGAGAGACUCGAUUUGUCCUUCAAUAAUCUGUCGGGUCGGAUCCCUUGGUCACUCACAGGCCUCCAUUUCCUGUCCUAUUUCGAUGUGGCCAACAACAAUCUCCAGGGGGCCAUACCAACAGGAGGUCAGUUCGAUACAUUUCCAAAAACACAUUUUGAUGGCAACCCGUUAUUGUGCGGGACUGUACUGCAGCGCCCCUGUGGUGGUCCACCUAAUUCCUCCAGUACAACCACGAGUAAGGAGAAGGUCAACGCAAAGCUUGUCACGGGAAUAGUCAUUGGAACUGUUUUCGCUGCAAGUUUGAUUUUGGUGGUGAUAGCUCUGUGGGUGCUGUCCAACAGGAGGAUCAUUCCUGGGGGAGACUCUGAGAAAGCAGAACUGGAUGUAAUGUCCAAUGCUUCAUAUUCUGCAGUUGUUCCAGAAUAUGAGAAAGACAUAAGCCUAGUUCUGUUGUUUGGAAACAAUGGAAGUGAAGUAAAAGACCUUACCAUUUUCGAGCUCCUGAAAGCAACAAACAACUUCAGUCAGGCGAACAUAAUAGGUUGUGGAGGAUUUGGUCUUGUGUACAAGGCCGUAUUGGAAAACGGAAUGAAACUGGCAGUCAAGAAACUCACUGGAGAUUACGGUCUGAUGGAAAAGGAAUUCAAAGCAGAGGUGGAAGUUCUGUCUAGAGCCAAACAUGAAAACCUGGUAGCCCUACAAGGCUACUGUGUGCACGAAGGCUGCAGGAUACUGAUAUAUUCUUUCAUGGAGAAAGGAAGUCUUGAUUACUGGCUGCACGAGAACCCGGAUGGUCCAUCCCAGCUGGAUUGGCCAAAACGACUUAAUAUUGCCCGAGGAGCAAGUUAUGGACUUGCUUACAUGCACCAAGUAUGUGAACCACAUAUAGUCCACCGUGACAUAAAGUCCAGCAAUAUCCUCCUAGAUGAAAACUUUAAGGCACAUGUAGGAGAUUUCGGUCUGUCAAGGUUGAUCCUUCCUUACCGAACCCAUGUUACGACCGAGCUUGUGGGUACUUUGGGUUACAUUCCCCCGGAGUAUGGACAAGCAUGGGUGGCCACUUUGAGAGGAGAUGUGUACAGCUUUGGGGUUGUCAUGCUUGAGCUUCUCACUGGGAAAAGACCAAUGGAGGUGUUCAGACCAAAGAUGUCAAGAGAACUGGUCGGAUGGGUACAACAGCUGAGAAGUGAAGGCAAACAAGAUGAGGUCUUUGAUCCUUUUCUGAGAGGCAAAGGUUAUGAAGCAGAGAUGCUUCGGGUUCUAGACAUAGCCUGCAAGUGCGUGAACCAAAAUCCUCUCAGGAGACCAACCAUUCAGGAGGUUGUAGACUGUCUCAAGAACGUAGGAGAAGAAAACGCAAGUCAAAAUAACAGAGACGAACAAGAACGAAUGUAAAUGUUUGUCUGAUCCUUCCCUCAUUUUUCCUUGAGAUGUGAUACGUACAACAAUACAAGAAACUAUACGUUUUUUUUGUCAGUGUAUAUUAUAACUUCAUUUUUCCUGUAAAUUAAAUUGUAAUACACAGAUUUGAUGAUGUAAAGAGCAAGACACCAUGGUGCCAUGAUUCUUCAACUGGGGUUCGUAAUAAAUGUCUCACAAACCGAAACAAGAGCAAGUUACCCAUCUCCAGCUAAGUGAACUUAAACAAACACUUGUAGUUUCCAUUUUCAAUCAUCAGAAGCUUAAGUAGUUCGGCUACAUAAAUUUAGCGGAUGAGAGGAUUGAAAAAUAAACAAUAAAACAGAGCAUCCCCUCACUGAGUAUUAGAAGCAUGAUAAGAAAAUACACAAAAUGGCACAUGGAAACAAGAAGGUAUAGUUCUUCACGCAGAUUCUUUAAGUGAUAGUCAAAAUCAUCGGGUUUCAGAGCUAAGCUCGAACUAAUUUUCUCUGCCUCUGCAGAAUCUUACCCUAAUUUGGACAAGAAACUCCAUCACUCAAAACAUUCAGAAACAAAAGUGAAUAUUCAUCGAAGAAAUCUAAAGUCAGGAAAUCGAGUAAAGCUUCAGCUUUUAUAGCUUACGCCGUCAUAUUAGAUGCACAAACCAAAUACGGAGCUUACAUGUCUCCCCUCAUGCUCGUAUUCAACAUCUAAAACAGUCAAAACAUGAAAAAGUUUCGAUCUUUUUCACUAAUUAUCCUUGCCCACUAUCCAGGAACAACACCUCAAACAUUCAGGACUGCCAAAAAACCAAAACAGAAA